GUGUGUGUGUGUGUGUGUGUGUGUGUGUGUGUGUGUCUCCUGUCUGCAGCAUCAUGGAUCAUCUCUGUCUUCAUCUGUGUCUCCCUCAGGGCUCCACCUGCUGGUAGAAAGAUGUAACAGCAGCAUGAACAGACCUGAGGACCAGAGGAGUCAAAGUUCAUCAAAACAGGAUCUGAAGGUUCGUUAAUGAUCAAUGAUAUGAUGUUAUUAUUGAAAAUAGAUUAAAAACAACAAAACUGAAACUGAGGAACGUUCCUGUUUGUAAAAAACUGAGAGAGAAACAAACUGAGAGGUUCAGAGGAGCGCUCUGUGAGGGACUGCGAGAGUUCAACAGGUUCAUCACCUACAGAACAUCAGAUCAAUCAGACAAGUCUCUGUACUAAAGGGGGACCAGGACCAGAACCAGGACUGGAUGGUCCUGAUCGUCUCCUAAAAGGUCGUAUCCUCCGAUCGUAGCUGAUCUCUUAAUCUAACACUCUUUUAGAAAGGACAACUGGACUUACUAGGACGUUUGUAAGUCCAGUUGUCCUUUCAACGAAGAACUGGAAAUCAUAGAUGCUGCAUCUGACCAGGUAGGAAUUGGCAGACGGUGAAAAUCUCUGCCGUUCCGGACGUGGUGGAAUUUCAGGGUAACAGUCCCACACUCGUGUCAGCGGUCUCAUAAACCCUCUAAAACCGUGGAUCACAGAGACUGGUCUCGUGGUCUCUGUGGUCUCUUGUGGUCUCUUGAUUCUGGUCUCUCCGUCUCUGGUUUUCCUCGCCGUCUCUUAUUUAUCAAUUAACCGUGUUAGCGGCGUGAGCAGAAAGACUCUCUGAUCCCUGCAGGAUAAUUACCACGCCGCCUCGGCGUUAAAGGCCUGUCGGGGCUGUAAUUGGUUUGCGGUCUGGCGGCGGCGGUGACUCACUGCUGGGUAUUGACUCGCUCUCCCUGAGGUGACGAUGAGCCGUUUUGUUUGCUGCUCUGAGACGUUUUUCUGUCAGAGGAGGAGGAGGAGAAGAAAGAGGAGGAGAAGAAAGAGGAGAAGAAGAAGGAGGAGGAGGAGGAGGAGGACGCUCCUCCUUUAGAAGAAAAGCACAUGUCAGUCAGACCAGAAACAAAGUGCAAAAGUGCGGUUAGUUUACCAAUAAAAGACCCCAGAUCAAGCUUGAUCUGUAAUAAUAAUAAUAAUAAUAAUUAAUAAUAAUAAUAACAAUAAUAAAUAACAACAACAAUAAUAAUAAUAAUAAUAAUAAUAAUAAUAAUAAUAAUAAUAACAAAAAUAAAUAAUAAAUAACAAUAAUAAUAAUAAUAAUAAUAAUAAUUAAUAAUAAUAACAACAAUAAUAAAUCAUAAUAACAAUAAUAAUAAUAAUAAUAAUAACAAUAACAAAAAUAAAUAAUAAAUAACAAUAAUUAAUAAUAAUAAUAAUAAUAAUAAUAAUAAUAAUAACAAAAAUAAAUAAUAAAUAACAAUAAUAAUAAUAAUAAUAAUAAUAAUAACAACAAUAAUAAAUCAUAAUAACAAUAAUAAUAAUAAUAAUAAUAAUAAUUAAUAAUAAUAACAACAAUAAUAAAUCAUAAUAACAAUAAUAAUAAUAAUAAUAAUAACAAUAACAAAAAUAAAUAAUAAAUAACAAUAAUUAAUAAUAAUAAUAAUAAUAAUAAUAAUAAUAUACACCUUAUGCCAUCAGAAACAGUUUCUCCUCCUGCAGGAAUCCUCAUUUUGUUUUUUUCUUGUUUUAUUUUUUAUAUUUUUGGUUUAAAUUUUCAAAAUAAACUUUAAUAAAAUAAAACCUUUGAUCUAAAAUCUGUUUCAUAAUUUUAAUGUCUUUUUUUUCUGACUCAGCAGAAACGUGUUUCCUCCUCCUGAGGAGCAGAGUGACCUCCUCCUCCUCCUCCUCCUCCUCCUUUCUCACUUCCUCGUCUCAGAGACUCACUGACCUGAAAACAGACCCGGGUCAGAUCAGAGAGACCUGGGGUUCAGGUCUCUGUUAAAGACUAAAGGACACACUUUAAAUCCUGUCCAUGUCUCUGUCCUGUCUCCUCCGUCCUCUCUCUCAGGGUCUCUAAAGUUUUGUCCUCUGUCCUCUCGUUCACGUGUUUUUGUCUCUUUAACUCGUGUCUCUGUCCUGUCUCCCCCAUCCUCUCUCUCUGUCGUCUUCACCUCCUCGUCUCUCUGUCUUCUCGUCCUUUGGACUCUCUGGACUCUUUAAUUUCAGUUUUUGACGUGUCUCUGUCCUCUCUCUCUCAGGGUCUCUAAAGUUUUGUCUCCUGUCCUCUCGUUCACGUGUUUUUGUCUCUUUAACUCGUGUCUCUGUCCUGUCUCCUCCAUCCUCUCUCUCUGUCGUCUUCACCUCCUCGUCUUUCUGUCUCCUCCGUCCUCUCUCUCUGUCUUCACCUCCUCGUCUCUCUGUCUCCUCCGUCCUCUCUCUUUGUCGUCUUCACCUCCUCGUCUCUCUGUCUUCUCGUCCUCUGGACUCUCUGGACUCUUUAAUUUCAGUUUUUGACGUGUCUCUGCUGUUUUUCUCUCCCCCCGUCUCGGCCCCCGUCCUCUGAUCUGCUGACGGUCCAGAAUCGUCCCCCGUCAGUCCUGAUGACUCAGACGGAUUAAAUCCCGCCGUUGUGACAGACGGGGACUCGUCCUGAAACCUGAGGACUCGGGUUUGGAGUAAACUGGCCCCCCGCCCAGAAAAACCACCAUCAAAAACCGAUCCUCUAAGGGUCCCCGUCCUCGAAGACUGAUGAGACGUCUUAGCGGAGGACGAAGGACAUGAUUGGUGUCGGAGAAGACAAAGAGGCGGGUCUUUAGUUGGACCCGAGUCUGAGGUUUUGAUGCGGAUCAGCUUUGAGCCGUCUGUGGAGGUUUACAGAGAACCCUGCAGUCUGGUCCAGAGACGUUUUUUGUCCCUUUACAGACUCAGAACUGCUCUGAGGACCCGGGUCGGUCUGUGUAGAUCCUGCAGACCGACCCGGGUUCUCAGAGUUCCUGUAGAGACGCUCAAAGAGACGGUUUUUCAGAGACCUGCAGCAGACGGUGGUCCGAGUCUUAGACCCUGGACUGACCCAGAACUGCUCAGAGACUAGUCCAGGUUUUAGAAACAGGUCCAGAUGGGGUGGGUUCAGUCAGGGUCGGGUUCUGCAGCAGAGUUCUGUUCGGACCUCCUCUCAGAUGAUGAAUUUGUUCUUUAUUUUCACAAACUCUCCAGGAGAACCGUUUCUCAGAGUCCAGGACCUGGACUAACAGGAUCCCAGAUCAUUAAAGUGGAUCUGAGCGGGUCAGAAAGAACCGUCAGGACCAGAACUCGAAACUUUGACUCUUUGUCUCUGCUGUUCAGUUUCUGCUGACCUCAGUCAAGAAGAAGGAAGUGACUCAGCGCUGACAUCUGACCAAUCAGCAGCAGCGGGUCAUGAUGACCUCAGAGCCUGGAGGUCAAGGUCAGAGGAAGAAACACGGACUGAGUCAGCAUCUUUAACAAACACACACACACACACACACACAGGAAGAUUUCAGGGUUUAUUAUUAUUAUUAUUAUUAUUAUUAUUAUUAUUAAUAAUAAUAAUAAUAAUAAUAAUAAAAAUAAUAAUUAAAUAAAUAAAUUAAAAAAAAAUAAUGAUAACUUUAUUUUUAUAUCAUUUUUAAAGUUCUGUGACAAACAGUCAUAAAGCACUUGAAAAUAAAAACAGAUAAAAACUAAAGUUCAGUUAAAAACUCUGAAUUGAAGGAUAAUUUCAUUCGUCAUCAGAAACUCAGACGAUAAAAGAACCAACAACAUAAACUGAGAUCACGACAAAUCAAAUCUGUUAAAGUUUUAUUUUUAGAUCCAGGAGAGACCAAAGAUAUUUCUGAUAAACGUCAUCAAUUAUUAUCUGUGAACUCUUUUUAUUUAUUCAUGAUGUUCAAAUAAACUUUAGUUCAUCAAAAAUAAACUGAAAACCUUUUUAGUUUGACUUUUAACUCAAUUUUAUCUCAUUUAGUGUUUUAACAUUUAUCUCUGUCUAGUUUUAAUGACAGGAUCGUCUCUGAUUUUAGUUUCUUUGUUUUUAUUUUAUUGUUAAAUUUCAUUUUAUGUGUCUUUGUUUUUAGAUUUUAAACCUCCAGUGUUUUUUUAUCUUGAGUUUUAAAAUGAUGUUUCCUCACUUUUAAGUCCUUUUUAACUUUUUAACUCUGUUUCUGUUUCGAUCGUUUAGGGGUCGGUCGGGUUCGAUUUGAGUUUUCUUUGUUUUUCUUUUUAUUCCUUUUUCUGUUUAAAACACUUUGUGCUUCAUGGUCGAGUAUGAAAAGUGAUUUAUGAAUAAAGACUGAUUGAUUGAUUGAUUGAUUGAUUUCAAAUUUAUUAAAUUUUCAUUUGUGAAAGAAAAAAAAAUCACAAAAUCAACAACUUUGUCGUGUUUUUGUGUGAAAAACAGUGAAACCUAAAAUGUAAGGUGCUCUGGUGUGUGUGUGUGUGUGUGUGUCUGUGUGUGUGUGUGUGUGUGUCAGUAAAUAGAGGAAGUGGUGUGUGUAUAUAAGCCAGUGUGUCUGAGUCGGUCGAUUAUCUUCUGAUCUGAUCGUCAGAGACUCGACAAACAGACACACACUUCUUCAGCUGAGCGGUGAGACACACACACACACUCUCACACACACACACACACACACACACACACACACACACACACACACACACACACACACACACACACACUUUAGUUGAUGCACUGACGUUUAUUCCGAGUAUCUUUCAUAUUUGACUCUUUAUUUUAUUGAUAUUUUGUUGUAAUUGUCCUUUAAUCGUCGUUUUUCUGCUCACUCACUCGUUUCUUUAUUAUAUGACUAUUUUAUUGUUUUUUUAUGUUUCUCUGUUUUCGUUUUUUUCGCUCACUCACUGAGACUUAAAUGAUCUUCAUGUUUUUAUUUUCAUUGAUUUUAUUUUAUUUUUUAUUUCAUCUAUCGGUGUUAUUGAUCUUUUCACUCUCUCUCCAUAAACCAAUAUUUUUCCCUCUCUGUCGUCGCUCAGUGACUUCAGUGGAAACCGCCAUCAUGUCUGAUCCGGCCCGUGAAUCAAACAGCCACAGGGGGCGCUACACUGAGCCGGUACUGGAACAGGGUUCAAAUAAAAACCUUUGUGUUUUCAGGACUUGAAGGACUCAUGUCUCUGUCCUCGUGGUCCUCAGGUGCCGACCUCUAACCUGGUCAACGAUGGGGAGGAUUUCCCCGAGUUUGAGCCCUUUGAGGAGGAGGGGGCGGAGCCUAGGAGUUAUGCUCCGAUGGCGGGUAAGAUCCAUCAGAUUCAUGAGGUUCAUAAAUAUAACCUGAAAAAUAAACGGCGGACUGUCCCUUUAUCGCUCCUUCAGGCUCUCUGGCGGUGAUGGGCGUGGACAUGUGUCAGGAGAUCAACAAACCCAACCACUACACCACCGCCUACGACAACCCCAACCUGGUGAUCCGCCGCGGUCAGGAGUUCCUCAUGAGGAUCACCUUCAACCGGCCGCUGGGACAAGGAGACGACUUCCAGGUGGAGUUCCUCAUCGGUGAGUCCCAGUCCCAGUCCGUGUCCCAGUCCGAGUCCUAGUCCCAGUCUGAGUCCCCGUAAAAUCAUCUUCAGUUUUCAUUCAGUAUCUUUUAUGAAAUCCAGAAGAUUCAGAAACUGGGAUCCGAGUUUGUCUGACUUUUUUAAUUUUGCUGAAAACUCCUUUAGUUUUUUUUAUCUGAUGUCAAAUAAUAAAUUUCUCAGCGAAUUUCCGACCGUCUCAUUGGUCCACAGAGAGGAUGUCUGGUGGGGGGGGGGGUCUGUUACAGAGCGCGCUCAGUAGUUACGACUCGGCCCAUCUGAGACCAGCAGUUAGAGCUCCCUCGUUAACCAAUUAGGAAAGAUGUUCGUUAAGAGUCGUCUGACACAAUUAGAGGACUGACAGUUCAUUAGGCAGCAGCUUCACAUUCAUUCAGCUGGAUAAUCACACACACACACACACACAGGCACACACACACGCACACACACUGACAGAUGUUUUCUGACACUUUUUAUCUUUAAAAUCUUUAUCUUAAAAGACUUUCCUCUCUCCUUCUUUCCUUUCCUUGUCCACUUGAUCCCUCCUUUUUCUGAUUCCAUAUCGUCAUUAUCAGAUGUGUUUGUCUCCUCUCCCCUUUCCUCUCAUUAUCUCCUUGUUUCCUUCACCCUUUAUAUCCUUUCUCAUUAUGUUCUUAUCCUCCUGAUUAUACUCCUUGUUUCCUUGUUUCCUCUUUCCUCAUCUCCUCUGAUCACUUCUUCUUGCGACAUUAUUAGGGGAUAUUAUCUGCUGUUAUCCUCUCCUUGUGUCCUCCACUCCUUUCCUCUUCUCUUGUCUCCUCUCCUUUUCUCCAUCCUUUGCUUCCUCCUCUCGCCCCCUUGUUCCCUCUGAAUUCCUUGCCUCCUUGUUUCCUCCCCUCUUGGCUCAUCACUAACCCUCCUCUUCCUCCUCGACAGGCUCAAACCCCUCCCCCAGUAAGGGGACCCUGGUGGCGGUGACCUUUGGUUCCCGUCAUGCCGGUCUGUGGGCGGGGCGGAUCCUGGAGCUGCAGGGACAGUCGGUGAUUGUGGGAAUCACGCCGACCCCGAACGCCGUCGUGGGGAAGUUCCGUACCUAUGUCGCUGUGGUGACCAGCAACGGCCUGCUGAGGACCAGGAGGGACGCCAGGACUGACCUGUACCUGCUGUACAACGCCUGGUGCCCAGGUGAGCCGCCAUGUUGAGUUCAAGUCCACUGACUUCAUCUCAGAAAACUUCCUGUUUGUCCGACUGACUGAACGACCGUUUCCUUCUCUGCAGAGGACGCCGUGUUUGUCCCUGAUGAGUCAGAGCGGCGGGAGUACAUCCUGAACGACGCAGGUGUGAUCUUCCAGGGUGCGGUUGGAGCUGUGUCGCACCGCAGCUGGAUGUACGGUCAGGUACGUAAAUAUCAAACAGGUGAAAUCCUGCGCCUGCCUGGACUAGCACCAUGAUUGGCUGACCCCGUCAUCUCCCUGCAGUUUGAGCGGGGCAUUUUGGACGCCUGUAUUUACAUCCUGGACUCAUCGAGGAUGCCGAUCUACAACCGAGGCAACGUCAUCCAGCUGGUCAGGAAAGGAUCCGCCAUGGUGAGGCGCUGAUGAACCUGCUUCAACAGGACGAAGGUGUCAGUGACUGACCUUUGACCCCUCUUUCCUCAGCUGAACUCUCAGGACGAUAACGGCGUGUUGGUCGGUAACUGGAGUGACGAUUACUCCAUGGGCCGGCCUCCAACAGCCUGGACCGGCAGUGUCCAGAUCCUGCUGCAGUACGCCAACACCGGGGUCCCAGUCUGCUUUGCCCAGUGCUGGGUCUUCGCCGGGGUCUUCAACACCUGUAAGAACUUCUCAGGGACGAUUAAAACCAUGAGAUCAUGCAAAAAUGUUAACCGCCGAUCUCCACCUUCAUCCUGAUCGUCUCCUAAAAGGUCGUAUCCUCUGAUCGUAGCUGAUCGUAAACAUUAAUGGAGACGAACAAGUGAAAGGUUUUUAGACGUCAUUUCACCCCGAUGACACCAUGGAUGAGGAGAUGCUGAUUCUAGAAGUCUAGGAGUAGAUUUCCUCCUCUGGAAGGACACAAUCUACUGCUUAUAUGUCUAUGUGUCUGUCUUUAGAGAGACAACUCGUUAUCGUAAGAUUGAACGUGAAUCUGCGGGUUCUUCUUAUUACCGCUGUCAGUAAUCCGCCAUGAAAUUCGCCUCACCAAUGGAUCAGCGAAAAUUGCUGCCAUUCGGGAUUGGAACUGUUCUGGAUGGGGUUGAAAAUUGGGGGUUAAAACGUCUGUUUUCCUGGUUUUAUAUGAUGUAUGAUAAAACCCUUUCACAUAGUCCAGAAUAGAGGGGGGUCGUCUCGUUGUCCUGAUGGUCCUGAUGGUCCUGUAUCGGGGUCAGUGCUGUCAUUUAUACUCUGAAUUUACUCUGUUAAACUCUCAAAUCCAUGUCCUCUGUAGUCCUGCGUUGCCUCGGUGUCCCAUCCAGAGUCAUCACCAACUUCAGCUCAGCUCAUGACAACACCGGCAACCUGAAGACCGACCUGAUCUUCAAGACCGAUGGCACGCCAGACCGGCGCCACACCAGGGACUCCAUCUGGUGCGUCCAAACAUAGAACUAAGGACCUUACGGUUUCCUCAGACACGCUGAGCUCAGCGAACCCGUGUAACGCUAUUUUCUGUACAGGAACUACCACUGCUGGAACGAGGUCUUCAUCACCCGCCAUGACCUCCCGCCCGGCCUCAGCGGCUGGCAGGUGGUGGACGCCACACCGCAGGAGACCAGUGAUGGUAGGACAGGCAGAUGAGGACAUGAGACGGGUAGGUGGAUCGGUUACUCUGCUGACGAUGAACACGUCUCUGCGUUUGUGUUUAGGACAUUACCGCUGUGGACCGUCCUCCGUCACCGCCAUUAAGGAGGGUCUGCUCUGCCACCCGUUUGACUCCGGCUUCGUCUUCGCCGAGGUUCGUUUCUAACCGUCGUUUACACCAUCAGAAGUUUUUAAAAGCAGAAAUAAAACUGCGGUCUGUCGUAGAAAUACUUGUUGUAGAAGUAUAAGCAGUAGUGGUAGUCGUAGUAGUAGUCAUAGUAGUAGUGGUAGUUUUGCUAGUAUCAUCACGAAUAUUACUUUUUAGCCGUGAUAUUCUCCAGGUCGUGUUUUCUUAUUCUUAAGGUAGAAUUUAAAAGUCCAAAUCCUGGUUCUGACUCCGCCUCCAGGUGAACAGUGACGUGGUUUUCCACAAGCGGGACCGUUACGGGACUCUGAGUCCGUACAGGGUGGACAAGACUCACAUCGGACAGGCCGUCUACACCAAAGCAGUGGGCAGCUACGCACCGAACGACAUCACCUACACCUACAAGUACCCUGAAGGUAACCAUGGCAACAAACCCAAACCUUCACAUGAGGCCGAAACGGUCUCUGACAGCUGAUCUGGUCUGUGUGGUCAGGGAGCGCCGAGGACGCCAGGACCAUGACCCGGGCUGAGGAGUACGGCUGUGAGAGGGAUCACUCUGAGCUGGACGAUCCUCAGCUGACGGUCUCCAUCAGUUCAGAGCCGGUAACACACACACACACACACACACACACACACACACACACACACACACACACACACACACACACACCUGCGCACACGCACACACACACACACACCUGCACACCUGCACACACACACACACACACACACAAACACACAUACACACACACGCACACACACACACCUGCACACACACACACCUGCACACACGCACACACACACCUGCACACACACACACACACACCUGCACACACACACACACACACCUGCACACACUCACACCUGCACACACUCACACCUGCACACACACGCACACGCCUGCACACACACAGACCUCCACCUUCAGGACCAGGUUGAACCCCGGUCUUCGCUGUGUCCCGGGUCUGCAGGUCCAGCUCUCUCAGGACGUGAACCUGACCGUGGAGUUCCACAACCAGAGCGAUGAACCCAGAACCAUCAAGGCUCACCUGGCCGGGUCGGUCGUCUUCUACACCGGAGUCACCGCCAAUCACUUCAAAGACCACGACUUCACCGUGGUGGUGCCCGCCCGCCAGAGUAAGAACCCGCUGAGGGUGAAAGGUCACGUUUGUGUCAGAGACGGCGUUCUUCAGCGUUUGUUUGUUUCUUCUUCUCUGUUUUUGUUCCACAGCCGAGCGUGUGGCCCUGAAGGUCACGGCGGAGGAGUACCUGCCUCACCUGGGCUCUCAGCUCUGUCUGAACUUCGUGGUGACCGCACAGGCUGACGAGCAAUCGCUGACCGCCAUCAAGGUGAUCGAGCUGCUGACCACGACCCUCGGCAUGACGGUAAACAGACACGCCCCUGAUGACACACACCGAUGACAGGAACAGGCAGGUAGCAGGUGUUAACUGAAGAUCCUUCGCCCUCAGGUGAGCGGACAGCCUCAGGUGCAGCAGGAGAUGUUCGUGACCAUCUCCUUCACCAACCCCUACAACUUCGCCCUGCUGAACGCCUACCUGGCCAUGGAGGGACCCGGACUCGUGAGCUACAGGACUCGUCACUACAGGUGUGCUUACCUGGGAUAGAUGUUCACCUGCAGUUAGUCCAGAGUUAGUUCAGGCAGGCCAUGAAGUCAAGCCCCGCCCACAAUAUCCCGCUCUCUCUCUGUGUUUCAGCGUCAUCGAACCCAGAGCCUCCAUCUCCUGGAAGGAGUCCUUCAUCCCUCGGCUGGACGGCCCACGUCGCCUGGUGGCGGUGAUGGUCUGUGAUAACCUUCGCCAGGUAACCUCUCUAAACUUCAUACCGCCAACACGAUGGCGUCCUCGUCAUCGAUCUCCUGUAGAUGUUCUUCAACGCUGACGUUGUCUUUGGGUUUUCAGGUGUGGGGAGAGGUGGACGUUGAAAUCAAGCCCUGAUUCCAUUGGUCUGCACAGCUGUGACCACGCCCCUCACAAUUUCUUCUCCACCUUCACCAAUCACAGAAGCUUCUAAGAGAGUGGGCGGGGCCAACGAAGUAACUG